AGAAAGGGUUAGCUGGCUCACUCAUUGGUUAGGAGUUCAUAACUGGGCAGUACACUAACAAAAACAAACAUACUCCAAACAAACUUCCCAACUGCUUCAAAGGUAUGGAGUUGUCAUUUUAUCAGUCAUCACUUACCAUUGUCCAAAUACAUGAAUGUCCCCCUUUUUUAUUUCUUAGGUAAAAACAUCGGAUAUUUUAAUGAUAUAUUGGCUGCCGAACUGGAAAUGUCUCCAGUUUUCAUUUCAGAUAUCUGGUCACCUUAGAGUAAUAACCAAGCAGGAUUUGUGCCGAGUUUAGUACUUGUAUCCACAUUUGAAAGAUUUCCCUGAACUACACAGCUGCUGCGCUUUAAGAAUAGUUUUACUUGUGGGAGGGAAAAGUGGAAAAAGUUGGUUUGAGUCAUUCAACAGUUUUCACCCUCAAGUGCAUCAGUGUGAUCUCUUUUUUGGCCCAUGAAGUUCAGGGGGUUUCCAGAAAGUGCAAUAAAACAUGUGUGGAAUGGGGAGAGGCUCAUAACAUUAAUACCCACUCUCACAUUCACAUCAGUUCCAUUCAUUCAUGUUUGUUUUGGUCGGUGACACUGGUGGUAAAAUUAGACCAGAGAUCAGUGAAGACCCUCAGCUUCCUCCUUUGGUGUGUAUGUGUGACAGGGGCUUUCUUAACCAGCGUGACGUCAGCCGCUGUUUGCGCUUGCGUUGGCAGUCAUGAGGUUGUGGUGAGCAGAGCAGAUUCUAUCAGUGAGCGCCAAACCACAACGAUUUGUCCGAAAACCCCUGUGAGACCGCAGCUGUGCUUCCGGUGUUUACAGCGACAGAGGUUGACUCUGCCUCCGUCCCCUCUCUGACACCUGUCAACUAUUCCAAAACAUACAGGCUGUCACCGUGGAGAUACCGAUGAGCCGGAAUAAGGAGGCGGAGAGGAUUCCCCACACAUACAGUCCUGAGACGACGGAGGAGAGGGAACACACUCGCUCUCAGUCAGCAUCCACAAUGGACCGCCAGCAGCAGCAGCACGCCAAAGUGGAGCGGUUUCUCAAGCUAGGAUACUCGCACAGUGACAUCCUGAGGGUGCUGGACAGCCUCCGCCACGACGCCCAGACCAAUGACAUCCUGGAGGAGCUGAUAAAGACCUGCCACACUCAAAAGUGGGACAAAAGUGUCCCAAACAGCCCCAAGCUGGUGCCCAGAGGCUGCAGCCCCAGUCCCAGUCAGCCCAGACCUGGACCAGACAGAGAGCCAACUGCAGGCUUCAGACCAGUGGUUAUAGAUGGAAGCAAUGUGGCCAUGAGCCAUGGCGAUAAGAAGGUGUUUUCGUGCCAGGGCCUCCAGCUGGCAGUGAACUGGUUCUGGGACAAAGGACUGCGCGACAUCACGGUGUUCGUUCCCCUGUGGAGGAAGGAACAGCCGCGUCCAGACGCACCCAUGACAGAUCAGCACAUUCUCCAUCAGCUGGAGAGGAGGAAGAUCCUGGUGUACACGCCGUCCCGCUGCGUGAACGGUAAGAGGGUGGUGUGCUACGAUGACCGUUACAUCGUCAAGCUGGCCUGCGACUCGGACGGCAUCAUCGUGUCCAACGACAACUACCGCGACCUCCAGACGGAGAAUCCGCAGUGGAAGAAGUUCAUCGAAGACAGGCUGCUCAUGUACAGCUUCGCCAACGACAAGUUCAUGCCUCCGGACGAUCCUCUGGGCAGAAACGGUCCCACCAUUGAUGAUUUUCUGAGGAAGAAGCCGUGGACCCCAGACAACAAGCUGCAGCACUGUCCCUACGGAAAGAAGUGCACCUAUGGAGUGAAGUGCAAGUUCUACCACCCAGAACGGGCCAACCAAUCCCAGCUGUCUGUGGCAGACGAGCUGAGGGCGCUCAGAGACAGAGCCAAGAACUUCUCGCCCACGCCCAGCCUGCAGGACACACCGCACCCUCUGUACCAGCCGGAGCUCAGGUACACCUCGUCCACCCCUCCCCCUCUGAGCAUCGAGGACCAGUCACACAGGGCAUCACCCAGCGAGCAGUUCCUCUACCAGAGAGACUCCUGCAGCCCGAGGAGCCAGCCCAACACCAACCUGCACCACUGUCCCAGCCCGGACGUGGACGAGGCCUUCAGCUCCAUGGAGAGCUCCAUGUCCAGGCUCUACAUCCAAGACUCGCCCUACAGCUUGGAGCCCCCUCCCCACAGUUACAGCAGCGGGGUGGCCAGCUACAGCCUGAGCCACGACGACUACUCCCUCUCAGGGUCGUUCAGCGGCGGCACGCAGAGUCGUCCCUGUCUGAGCAGAGGAGGUUACUACUCCCAUCAAAACUGCCAGUGCAGGUGUGGCCACCAGCAGACCAGGAUAUCGCCCCCCCACCACCACCCAGCGUGGGCCUCCUGCCCGGCUCUGCCUCCACACAACGGCGAGUAUCCCAGCCACGGUUCCAAGAAGCAGUACUUCAGACAGGUCUCCAACAGACAGACCUACAGCUUACCCAGGGACCCGUGGGUGCAGGGCGGCCACCCGGACACCAGCCUGAACGGCCGGGCCGAGAGCCCCCCCAGCGAGCAGAGGAAGGCCCUGAGGAGCCAGCUGAGCACCCUGUUCCCCCAGAGCGUGGUGGAGCAGGUGAUGAACGUUUACCCAGACGUGUCAGACAUGUCCCAGCUGAUGUCUCUCAUCCAGGACCACAGGACCAGCCACAUGUCCUUCUGAUGCCAAGCUCACAGCAGAUCACAAAACGUCUCCUGUUCUUAAAGUGACUGGAUUUAUAUUCUUAUGAAUUCUA